AUGUCUGAUAAUACAAUCCAACCGCCUCAGCCUCCCCCAGAAGGCUCUGCACCAGCAGGUCCAAGCAAGAGCGAGCUGAAGAAACAAGCCAAGGCCGCAGAAAAAGCGCGCAAGGCCGCAGAAAAGGCUGCCAAACAGGCUGAAUUGGAAAAGCAAAAGGCGGCUGCAGAGAUUGACGAUGCAGCAGACAACUAUGGUCCUUUGCCUCUGAAUCAGUCGCAGAGCCGACCCAAGCGCGAGCGUAUCCAGAUUUCAUCUUUGAGCGACCGUGUUGGACAGAAUGUGCUAUUCCGAGCUCGUGUUCACAACUCUCGUGCUCAAGGCAGCAAGAUGGUCUUCUUGAACCUUCGACAACGCACUACCUCGGUCCAAGGCUUGAUGAUCGUGUCCCCCGGCAAGGUUUCCAAGCAAAUGGUCAAGUGGGCAGCGGCCGUGCCCACCGAGAGUAUCGUUCUCGUCGAAGGAACCGUUGAAAAAGUUGAUGAACCCAUCAAAAGUGCCAGUGUCAGCGAUGUUGAGGUUCAUAUCAGCAAGAUGCAUCUUAUCUCUGGAAUCGACGGCCGUCUUCCCUUCACAGUUGAAGAUGCCAACCGUCCAGAAACAGCAGCCGAAGCAGCUGAUGCCCAAUUCAACCGAGUUUUGCUGGAGACAAGGUUGAACAACCGAGUAGUCGAUUUGCGAACGCAAACCAACCAGGCCAUAUUCAAACUCCAAGGCGCGAUCGGCGACCUCUUCCGUGACUAUCUGCGCCAGCAUGGUUUUAUUGAGAUCCACAGCCCUAAACUUCAAGGUGCCGCCACAGAGUCGGGAGCUUCUGUCUUUAAAGUUGGCUACUUCAAGGGCAAUGCCUUCCUGGCACAAUCACCUCAGCUGGCGAAGCAGAUGGCUAUCGCCGCUGACUUUGAACGAGUUUAUGAAAUUGGCCCAGUCUUCCGUGCGGAAGACUCCAACACCCACCGCCAUUUGACCGAGUUCAUCGGUCUUGAUUUGGAGAUGGCAAUCGAGGAACACUAUCAUGAAGUCAUGGAAAUGCUUGACGGAAUGCUUGUCAACAUCUUCCGUGGGCUUCGUGAUCAGUACAAGGACGAACUCGAUGUUGUUCGAAAACAAUUCCCUGCUGAAGAGUUCAAGUGGCGCGAAGGUCCUGAAGGCACUCUCAAAAUGACCUUCAAGGAAGCUGUCGAUCUCCUUGUCGAGGACGGCGUCCCAAGAGAAGAUUUGGACGAUAUCAACACCGAGAAUGAGAAACGGCUCGGACGAAUCAUCAAGGCCAAAUACGACAUCGACUACUACAUUAUCGACAAGUUCCCCAUGGCGUUACGGCCCUUCUACACGAUGCCGGAUCCUGAGGACCCAACGUUAUCAAACUCAUAUGACUUCUUCAUGCGUGGCGAAGAGAUUCUGUCUGGAGCUCAGCGAAUCCACGACCCUACUCUUCUGUGCGAGAAAAUGAGAAGCAAGGGUGUUGAGCCUGAUUCUAUGAAGCCCUAUGUGGACGCCUUUAGGCUGGGCUGCCCUCCUCAUGGAGGAGGAGGAAUCGGUUUAGAGCGUGUUCUCAUGCUUUUCUUGAAGCUUAACAAUGUCCGACGCGCCUCCUUGUUCCCUAGAGACCCCAAACGCUUGGAGCCUUAGGUUACCAAUCAUCGGUGUAAAGGAUAAAGUUCUAGACUUGGUAUACAAUUGCUUGACCCUCC